UUCCAGAUGAAAAGAAAAGCACUGCACCCUUCUAAACAUAGAGCCAGUCUGUUCUUAACUCACAGCCUUAAAUGAAACCUCACCCAAAGUAGUUCUGCCGAACGAAUAUACUUAAGCUAAGCACAGCAUUCUUUAAAGAUAAAUUGCCGCUGCCCGCAGGACCAAUUGUGCAGUCUCAGACUUGAACAUGGAUCUCAAAGGAGCACGCGUCGUUUUGUGCCUUCUUUUUCUCAUCCACUCUUCUUUCCAACAGUCAGCCCCAAAGAAGAAAAAUGUGAGAAAAGAAUCUGCCAAAACAGAUGCCAUUGAGGAGCUGCAGAAGAAGAUUAAAGCGCUUGAAGACGAUGUGUCGCAGCUGAAGGAACACCAGGCCUUGCAGUCAGUUUGCUUGAAGGGAAUCAAGGUCCACAGAAAGUGCUUUCUGGCAAUCACCGGGAAGAAAUCCUUUCACGAAGCCAGCGAAGAGUGCUUCUUGAACGGGGGUACACUCAGCACCCCCGAGUCCAGCGAAGAGAACGACCAACUGUACGACUACGUGCACAAGAGCAUUGGGCAGGAUGAAAAGAUUUGGCUGGGCAUCAAUGACUUGGUGACUGAGGGCAAGUGGCUUGAUCAGAGAGGCUCUGACGUGCAGUACACCAACUGGGAGACGAUGGCCAACCGGAAGCCCGGCGGUGACCGAUCCAGGAACUGCGCGGUCCUCUCCGGCGCGCCGAAGGGGAAGUGGUCCGACGAGAACUGCCGCGCAGAGAAGCCCAUUGUCUGCGAGUUCAACAUCGUCUGAGCGCGUCGGAUCCCAGCUGCCGCUCCAGCUGCUGGUGUAGCAGUCCUGCUGCUCAUCAAUCCAUGCUACCAGACAAACUGCACUCACUCAGAGGGCUGUCCCUUUGGUCAGGCAGCAGUUUUUGGCUAAAAACAUUUUACGAUUUUGCAAUAAUGAUGAUAUUAGAGUUACUUCACAUUGAUAUUUUUAGACCGGAAUCAUUGUUGGUAGCACAAAUUGACCAGGCAGCAUAGACGAAUGCUACACCAACAGUCUUUCAAUUAUGCUCUACCAACCUUUGAUGCAAAUUUCCUUUUUCUCCUUCAGAAUCAUAUGCUCAUAUUUUCCAGAACUGAUUAUUGCUAUUAUAUGUGGAUGUAACUGCAAUCAAUUACACAGAGAUCUCAGACAGGAUAGCGACACAUUAGUCAAAUUGCUUAAAUAUAAUCUUAGCUACUUACAUUAGGGAAAUGUUAGUAAAUUCUACAAUACAGCAGUUAUGCAUCAAAGUGGAACAGCUGUUAAAAGAAAUGAAAAGGAAACAAAAUAGGCUUGUAUUUCUCAUAACUAGGGCCAACUGGUUUAAAUUGGGCCAAGGUGGUUUAAAUCAUCAUUUGGAUUCAAGUCAGUGAAGGUUUCAUUGUGCAGAAAGCAUUAGAAGUUGCAAGUUGUUGCACAUGUCUUGCACUUAUGUCUCCUCUUUGAAUUAAUGGAAUGAAAAUGGGGUUUUUUUUCAGUUCACUAGCCUUUGUAUACUUGUUUGUUUUCUAACAAAAUGACUAUCCUGCUAUACAACUGAUCAAAAGUAUAACUCUUCUAAAUAACAAUAAAACAAAUUUAAAACA